AAUCUUUAAUCCCUUUACCUUUCGAAGAUCCUGCGGCAGCUAGCCGGCUGCAAGCAAAGAACCAUCUUCCUUCCCUUUUCUUGUUAGUAAGCAAAGAAUCAUGCAUUUGAUGAUGACUGCAUGCAGACACAAAUAACCAAGAGUUCACCGGGCACGUUUGCCUUACCAGCCGUUUUGCUUCCAUCUAGACUCUCUCCCGCCUUCACGCGCGCGCACGGGCAAUCGUUGGUUUGAUCUCGUUUGGCUUCUGUCGACUAUAUCCGAUCCUGCUUCCUGAUUGAUAGUGCAUGCCAAUGCUACUUAACUGAGCCGAGAAAGAAACCAAGCGACGAGAUGGGUUAGAUAGAUUCCAUGAUGAAAAUGGAAUCGAUCUGCUGGAGGUUGGCAGCUGCAUGGUCUUCCAUUAUGAAGUUGAGGUUGCAGUAGAUCUAGUAGCAGCUACACCGCAGAGAUCCGGUGAACCGGGCUGACAGGCGCGGCCGGUUACUCCAAUCCAAUCCAUCAUGCUCAAUAAGUAUGUUUCGUGCUGACACGAUAGACGAGGCUGCCGAAGAAAUUCUCAUCAACUGCUUGUUGAUGGAAGACACUAGUACUACAAGAAGCUUGAGUAGCAGAGACAAUGUCUUCUACUUCGAUGGGUGGGACGGGCUGGGGGCGUCCGCCGUCCUCCGAGCCAUCGCCCGGCGCCUCACCGCAUCUUCACCAGAUGAUCAGGUCAUCCACAUCGAGUACUGCUCGAUGUGGGAGAGCAGGAGGUCUCUCCAGAGGGCGGUCGCGGAGCCGCUGAGGCUCCCUGAUCAAGUGAUGGAGCUGUUCGACAGGCAAGACGAAGAGGACGAUUACCAGGGGGUGCCCCAGGGAUCCCGCGCCGGGCUAGAACAAGUCACCACGGAGAUCUACCAGCACGUACAGCAGCAGAUGAAGCACAGGUUCUUUGUGAUCAUCCACAAUGGGAGCAAUGAGGAAGUUGACCUCGCCAGCUUGUGCGGCUUCGCCCUCUCCGGGUACUCAACAAACAAGGUGCUGUGGACAUUCCAAGGGAGAUUCCGGCUGAAACCCCGGGCGGAGAUCGACACGGCCAUGAAGAGCACAGGAACGACUGAUACUUUUUUCUCUGCAUUACCAGGGCAUGGUGGAGUUCCACAAGCUCAGCUCUGGGAACAACGACACGGACAGAGCAAGGAUGGAGGAGGACGUGCGCCGGUGCUUCCAGAGGCUGUGGGUGCUCGUCAUGCACAACACAAAGUGUGAUCAGAUCUUGUCGGCGCAGACGCUGGAUCUCAUGACCCAGCUCAGGGAGCUGAUUGUGAUGGGAGCCCAAGAUUGGGACCUGGGGCAGCUGCAUGGACGGCUGCCUAACAUCCGCAAGCUCCGAAUAACAAACUCUGUUGUCAGAUGCAGUACUUGCUCGGAAAAUGAAUUGUUCUCGAAGAUGAACAAGAUGGAGAUUCUUGACUUCUCAGGAAACAGUGCCAACUCUCCCAUGAAGACCUUAUUUGGGCCAGGGGCAAUCAGCAACAGUAGCUGCCUUGAGACUGUUAUUGUUGAUGGAUCUAUUGGUGGACUCGAGCAUAUUUCCUUCAGUGGAUGUUCUAAACUGAAGAAUCUAUUCCUUGGACGAUGUGGAAUCUCCGCACCCUAGACAUCUCAGGCACCACAGUGAAAAAAUUAGAUCUCGCAGCAACAACAUUCAACCUUCAAGAGCUUUAUCUACUUGGUUGCGAAAAUCUUUGUGCAAUCACGUGGCCACCAAAAGAUAAAAUGAAUGGAGCAGGCUUGUCUAAGCUGCGCGUUGACACCACACAGUCAGCACCCUUUGUCCAAUCUACUAGAGAAGAAAGCGCCAAGAGGAAUAGUACUACUACAGGAACAUCAGAAGCAGCAGUACUACUACAUGGUAGUCAACCUAUCAGUGAAUUCCCUUGGUACAUUUCUGUACGGGAUUCAAGGCUCCUCACGUCCCUUGAGCCAGUGUAUUCCGAUUCCCGCAAGAUCUAUGUGGAGGUUUCCUCUCCGGCAAGUCCUACUAUUGCUGGUGGUGGUUGCAAAGAUGAAGGAAUCAACAGCGGUGCAGCAGUGACCAGCAAUUGCUGGUAAGACUACAGCAGCAGCAACAGCAGACUGCAUCUGCAAUAUACACGUCAGAUAGCACCGUGAACCACCUGAAGAAGGCUAGCGAAGGCGACGGUGGGAUCAUGUGGAUGUGGCCUUGCCCGCAAGAGAGCUGCUACAUGCACAUACAAGAUCAGACAAGGAAAGAAUCAUUUUUGCAAGGUGGUGAAGGAACUAGUAGUACUAUUACUGUGCCGAAGUUUGUAUCACUCUGUGCCAAGAUCCUGCACAUCCACGAUAGCACGUCCAUCACUAAUGCCCCUUCAGCUACGACGCAGCUGAAUUUGGAAUGGGAGAACUUAGAGUGGUGCAGAAUCGAGUGGUGCCCUAGAGUGGAAUCUGUCUUCACUACACCCAUUCAAUAUGACAUCAGCAUCUUUGAGCACAGGAUGAGAACAUUCUGGGCGUCACACCUUUCGAAGGCACGCUGUAUUUGGGAACUGCGAGACACGUCUGCCUACUAUCGUACAUUCCCACACCUUACAUUUUUACACCUCCACUUCUGCCCCAGGCUUGGGCAA